GUGCCAUUUUCUUGACGGGACUUUGAGUGUGAUAUGUAAUCUGGUCGACUGUUAUACUGUACUCAUCAAACAUGUUCUUCAUACUCGUUGCCAUAGGUGCUUUCAUAUUUCUUCUGGGUCAACACCAAAUAAAACGCGGCAAGAAAACCCUUCCACUUCCUCCAGGUCCGCCGGGCCAGCCUCUUAUUGGUCAUCUCCGGGUUAUACCCGUUGAACAUCCGGAAUUCCAAUAUUCGCGAUGGGCAAAAGAAUACAACACCGAAAUAUUGCACUUCAAUGUGCUUGGACGAUCUAUUAUCAUUCUCGAUAGUAUAGAAGCCGCGCACGACCUCCUGGACAAGAGGGGAGCAAACUAUGCUGACAGGCCUCGAUUUGUAUUAUUCGAGGUUAUGGGAUGGGGUGUUACAUUGACCUUCCUUCGCUGGUCUCGCCGAUUCCUGCUGCAUAGAAAACUCCUCCAAAGCUCUUUCACGCAAUCUGCAUGCAAGGCUUACCAACCAAUUCAAAUAGAUGAAGCUCGCCGUGCUGCCAGGGCCAUCAUCAACGACCCCAACAAUUGGCAAGCUCACUUACGUCAAUUCUCUACUGCAGUCAUACUGCGGAUAGGUUUCGGGAUCGAGAUUCAGGAUAAAGAUGACCCAUACAUCAAAAUGACACUAGAUGUAGAGGAGGCAACAGGCCAAGGAGGAGUUCCGGCCGGCAACAUUGUCGACUUUUUCCCCAUGCUUCGGUAUCUUCCAACUAGCGCUUCACGUAUCAGCAAGCUAUUCAGGCCACUCGCUCAUGCUAGAAGGACGAGGCAGUAUAUCCAGCAGCUUCAUGACGCGCCGUGGGAAUCCGUCGAGCCUUCCAUCAGAAAUGGAGAGCAAAAGCCUUCAUUCGUGCACACCCACUUUGGUCAGUAUCUCGCCAAUGAGGAGACAGGAAACCUGAACGAGGCCACAAUUGAAGAUCUUAAAGGAAUGGCAGGCGCCAUCGCAAUUGCCGGCGGCAAUACCACUUGGUCUACCAUCAUCGUAUGCAUUCUAGGCUUAUUGAUAAACCCCGAUGCUUUAGCCAAGGCCAGAGCUGAAAUGGAAGAUGUAAUUGGCGUAGACAAAAAUGGAGAGUUACUUCGUCUUCCAACUUUUGAGGACAGAUCUCGGUUAAAGUAUCUUGCUAACGUCCUCCACGAGACCACGCGAUGGCAGCCUCUGUCACCUCUUGGAGUGCCGCAUGCCACCCUAGCAGACGACGAGUACAAAGGAUAUCAUAUUCCGGCGGGAUCUGUUGUAUAUCCUAACGUGAGGGCAAUGUCCCGAGACAAGAGGCACUAUUCAUUCCCUGAAGAAUUUCGUCCCGAGAGAUACGAACCGACCGCUCAAGGCGGCAAAGGUGAACCAACCCCCGAAGGGCCGUUUGGCUUUGGACGAAGACGGUGCCCUGGCGAGCACUUAGCCAUGUCAGGAGUAUGGAUAAUGAUAUCCACGCUAAUCGCUACGAUGCAUAUCGACUGUCCCACGGACGCAGAUGGAAAAAAGAUCAAGCCCAAAGUGCAAUUCUCUGAUGGACUCAGUGGGGUUCCGGAUACUUUCGGCUGUCGAAUCACGCCUAGGUCAUUACGCUCACAGCAACUGCUGCUGACUUCAUCACAAACAUAAUGAUAAGUAUGCCCAAUUAAAAACGAGACACAAAUUGAGAGAACCUGAAGGACCGAAUCAGGGACACACAUUUAAGGUUCAUUGCCGCGACUGAGUGAAUAUACGGGAUAAAGCUCAGAUAUUAUGACAAUGGAUAGGAGUGUUUUUGAUAAAGAUACAAUUUAAGACAGCUGAGAAUG